UGUUUGCUGGAAAAAAGAAUGACACAGAGUUCGUUGUUAUGUGGAGCUGGUGCGGAACUCUGUUUCCAACUUUCCACCAUUGCCUAAUUUUAAUUGGCCAUUCGUAUUUUUAGGAUCAACCCAGAUCCGAAAAUCUCUCAUUUUAUCUCUCUCUUUCUUUCUUGCUGUUUCUCUCUCUAGAAUUUCUUGUCUGGCACGACCCACUAUUUUUCAUUCCAAGGAGGGAAUGAAAAACGUCUUUUGAAACCAGAUAAACAGUAGCUGUCUUGGUGCGCAUUUUGGUUGUUUUGUUUGCCUCUCAUUGGUUUUUCCAGUGCUUUAUGAUGAAUUUACGUUGUUGAUUUUUGGGUUCAUUCAUUUUUUGUCUGGAAAAACAAGUACUGGCAUUUCAUUUUUUUUUCCCCUUUUUUGAGCUUGUUGUCUUUGGACCAGUUCUUAAGAAAUGUGGAUUUCAGAUUUUGUUAUUAAUUUAGAGAUCAGACCUAUGAGAUUGUAUUAAUGUAAAGAAUUGCUGAUGUGCAUAGUCUCCUUUGUUGGGUUUCGUUGGAGUCCUUUUAAAUUUGGGAUCUGGGUUCUUUGUUUUUCAAGAACAGGUUCAUUGGAUCUUUCAAUUUGGAGGUUACUUUAUUGUUCUUGGUGGGUUUUUAAGGUUUUGAGGGUUUGGGUUCUCUCUCAUCACUCUUCAUUGUAGAAGAUUUUGAUUGCAUUGCAACUCAGAUGUUCAUAUAUUCAAAGAGAUACUUUGAAGGAAGUGCAGAAGAAAGUAUAUUUCUUGGUGUACGCUUGAGUAAUUGAAGGAUGUUAGUAGAAUCUCAAGCAUAAAUUGCUGCCAAAAGUGCAGCUGGAAAAGAUAUUUUCUUAGGAAGGAGAGGAAUUGUGCAGUUUUCUGAAUAGAAACAGAAGGCUGAAGUGGAAUCAUGGGCUGCAUUUGCUCAAAAGGGCUUUUAGCGCAUCAAUUUGUUGCUAAGAAUCAUGAUCAUGGUAGAAAAAAAGAAUCAAAGUCGAACAACUGUUCCAAACAGUUAGAAGCUGGUGUGGGUGGAAAUGAUGCGACGGCGCAAUUGAUGUCAGUUCCUCCCACAGAAGAGAAUUCAGUUUUGAAUUCUAUAUCGGUAGAUGAAGCGAGUAAAAAGCCGGAGGUUACUGAAAAGCAUACAAAACCUCUGCUUCAAAAACGUUCAUCAAUGGAGGUUGGAGCCACUGGGGGACAAAUACAGCCUAGGCUGACUAGAAUAAUUAGUGUGUCUAAUGGUGAAAGGGGGGCACAAGUUGUUGCUGGCUGGCCUUCAUGGUUGACCUCUGUGGCUGGAGAAGCAAUCAGUGGAUGGGUGCCUCGGAAGGCAGAGUCAUUUGAGAAACUGGACAAGAUUGGACAAGGAACUUAUAGCAGUGUGUACAGAGCUCGUGAUCUUGAAUCAAACAAAAUAGUUGCACUAAAGAAGGUGCGCUUUGCUAAUAUGGAUCCGGAAAGUGUUCGUUUUAUGGCAAGAGAAAUUCUUAUUCAGCGUAGGCUUGAUCACCCAAAUGUCAUGAAACUUGAAGGUCUUAUUACCUCGAGGACCUCAGGAAGCUUAUAUCUUAUAUUUGAGUAUAUGGAGCAUGACCUUGCUGGCCUUGCUGCAAGACCUGAAAUCAAGUUUAGUGAAGCCCAGAUAAAAUGUUAUAUGCAACAGCUUCUUUGUGGACUUGAACAUUGUCACAGCCGUGGCGUUUUACAUCGUGACAUCAAGGGAUCAAAUCUUCUAAUUGAUAAUUGUGGAAACCUAAAGAUUGGUGAUUUUGGGCUAUCGACCUUCUACCAUUCUAGUAAAAAACAGCCUCUAACAAGUCGUGUGGUAACCUUGUGGUACCGACCACCUGAACUAUUGCUUGGAUGUACAGACUAUGGAGUUGCUGUGGAUUUAUGGAGUACCGGUUGUAUCCUUGCAGAGCUGUUUUCUGGCAAGCCUAUCAUGCCUGGAAGGACAGAGGUGGAGCAACUACAUAAGAUCUUCAAACUUUGCGGGUCGCCUUCCGAAGAAUACUGGAAGAAAUCAAAAUUGCCUCAUGCAACUGUUUUUAAACCUACACAUCCAUACAAGCGUUCUGUUACUGAUGCAUUCAGAGAGUUUCCUUCAUCAGCAUUGUCCCUAUUGGACGUCCUUCUUGCAAUAGAACCUGAAGGCCGUGGAUCAGCUUCUUCUGCACUCCAGAAUGAGUUCUUCAUAACAAAGCCUCUUCCUUGUGAUCCAUCAACAUUGCCAAAGUAUCCGCCAAGCAAGGAGUUUAAUGCCAAGCUUCGAGAUGAGGAAGUGAGAAGGCGAAGAGUAACUGUUGGAAAAGGACAAGGACAUGAAUCGGUUAGAAAGGGGUCUAGAGAAUCCAAGGUUGUACCAGCACCAGAUGGCAAUGCUCAGUUGCAGGCUUCCAUACAGAAACACCAAGGGCAGAAUAACCAAAAAACAGCCACAGAAAAGUACAGUCUUGAGCCUACAAGAGACACAACACAUGGUUUCUUCUCCCAUUCAGGCCAGUCAAUGCAUCCGAGUGCAUUUGGAUCCUCAAGGAAUAUGAAUGCGUGCUCUAGCCACUAUAUGAAUGGUGAAGACUUGAGAAUGCAGGAAUCUUGCACACAUCGUGCAGCAUCCCAAUUAUCUAGAUUUUCCAGUUCAGUUGCAGUUCGAGGUGCUUCAAAAUUUGAUGGUGUCUUACAGACCAGUGUGAAUCCACACUGGCCAGAGGAGCGUAUUAGUGCCAGAUAUUGUCAUCAUGAUAAUGGUGCUUCCUCUGAAAAACAUGUUUGGUCGCAUCAUUUGCAAGAUAGGCGGAGGUCUGCUCAUAAGAAAGAUGAACAACCAUUGGGAAAGGAGUCUGCAGCGGUUUAUGCACCUAAGAAGAGUCGGAUACACUACUCUGGACCAUUAAUGCCUCCAGGAGGAAAUCUUGAGGAGAUGCUCAAAGAGCACGAGAAGCAAAUCCAACACGCAGUGCGUAAAGCUCGCGUGGAAAAGGAUAAAACCAAGAAAAGUGAAAAUGUACAAAACGAAUCAGUACUUAGUCAUGGAAGAAAGGGCAGGUGAUGACCGAGAGUGAUUGGAACAUGGGCAUAGUUGUUACUAAACAGGAAGAUACACCACUUUUCUUUGGCAUUGUACAGAUCUCAAAACCAAAAUUUGGAAUUCAGAGCUUCUCUGGGUUUACAUGGCACCAAAAGUUUAUUUCACCAUCAGAGGUAAAAGCAUAAAUUCCUAAUCAUCCAUAUGUUGCAGAUGCAAUGUGAAGCUAUCAAAAUCCUUCAGCAUUGUCCUCCAGGGUACAUCAGCUUCGUUAGGCAAAAGUGCCUUAAACUCUGAGUUGGAAUCCUUCCCCCAGGAUCAACAAAAGCAAAAGAAAAAUAAAAUUCCUUUGGCAUUGACUUACAUAGAAGUAUAUUGUUUGGUUGUCAGCUGAUGAGAAGUUAGAUUGGUUUGAUGUUUGCUCAAAUUCUUGCUGGAGACAUACCUGUACAGCUGAAACCUGUUUUGAUAUUUAAUCAGUCAGGCUUUAGUUAACUCAUUCUGUGUAAAGGCUUAGCACUUGUCCAAAAUUUGAUCAUUUAUCCAAAUGAUUCCAUUUA